CUCCCGCCCUGAAACCUGCUCCUCUUUGCAGAAACAGGAACCGAAACGCAGAAAUAAAGCAGAUUAAAUAAAAACGCAGAAAAAAAAAAAAAAAAAAAAAAAAAAAAACACAACCCAUACAACAACAAAAGCGAUAUAUACAGUACAGGAAACGACAGCGACACAGACGCUGCUGCUGUAAGACAGUAAGCGGUGUCUGGAGGAGCGGUGCAUGUUGCUGGAGCGCCAGGCUGUGAUAUUAUUAUUAUUAUUAUUAUUAUGAUGAUGAUGCAGUUGAGGAUACACUAGCAGAGUCACACGCCGUUAUCCUGUCGGGUUGAUGUGAAGGGAGGUGUUUGCAGUUUUGAUGCACGGAGAUACGGCUGUGUCGAGGGAGGCGAUGCUGAGCUGCGUGUUGUUGUUGUGGGCCGCGGCAGUCUGUGUGUGUCGGGAGGUCUUCCUUCCCCCGGGACCCCUGUAUCGAGUGGCAGGGUUCCCCCUCUCCCUGCCCUGCUCAGUCUCGGGGUAUGAGGGCUCGCGCACGCAGGAUUUCGAGUGGUUCCUGUACCGGACGGGCUCGGGGGGGCACCCCAUAGGCGUGAUUUCCACGCGGGACAGGGGCUUCCCCUACGCCCCCUUCCUGGAGCGGGUGAAGGAGGGGGAGGUGAGGGUAGAGAGGGACAGCGGGGAUGCAGUCCGGCUGGUCAUCCAGAGGCUGAGAACAGAGGAUCAGGGGACCUGGGAGUGCUACACCCCCAGUACUGACUCCCGAUACCUGGGCAACUACAGCGCCAAAGUCCCUGUCAGGGUGAUUCCGGACUCCCUCAAAGUUAACCACACCCCCACACCACAGGCCCCUCCCUUUCGCUCCCUGGGUAGCCAAUCCCUACCAGAAGGGGCGGGGCUAGAGCUGACAUGCGCCGCCUCUGUCAAAUCAGAACAGCACACCCACCUGUCGGUCACCUUCGUCGUGCAGGGAGCAGGAGGGGCCGGGGUUGUGGCCGGAGAAGGGGGGAGUGGUCAUGAUGUGAGGGAUGUCAUUUCUAUUGGCCGGGACCUGGGCGUGUACCCAGGGAGGGGUGGGCUUUAUGAGAGGCGGUACGCGGAGGGAGGAGUUUCAGUGGAGAAGAGGACGGGGCAGAGCGAGGGGGAGGGGGACCUCUACAGUCUCAGGAUAGCGUCUCUCCAGCCCUCGGACUCAGGAGUCUAUUUCUGUAAGGUGUCCCAGUGGAUCAAUGACCCGGAGGGAAGCUGGGAGAGGGUUGCUCAAAGGACAGUGCGGCUCGGCAGCGUCGUGGUGCAGCCGAUAACCGACUCCCUGUCAGUGUCUGUCUCUCCUCAAGGGGAGGUCUCUCUGCCUGCAGGCUCUCCUCUCAGCCUAUCCUGCGAGGUGGGUGGACUCAGCCCUGCCUCCCGCCCCUCAGUGCUGGUCCAGUGGCUGCGGGGGCUGAGUGGGGGGGCGGAGCUAGCUGUGGUGAGGCUGGGGCCGGAUGGGGUGGUAACGUGGGGCGACGGUGAUGUCGUCAGGAGGGGCGGGGCCUCGUUUGAGAAGGAGGCGGAGGGGCGGUACACGCUGAGGUUUUACUCCGCCCAUCCAGUGGAUUCUGGCGUGUACCGGUGUGCGGUCAGCGUCUACACUGGUCAAGCUCCGCCCACUGGGACCCCCGCCGCCAGCCAGAGGUCAAGGGGGGUCAACGUCAGCCUCAGGACCAAAGCUGUGACAGUCACUGCACAGGCAGGACUUGCUCCAGGCCCGCCCCUGAACCGUGGCCACACCUUCUCAUUGUUAUGCAACAUCUCCAUAGCGACGACAGGCCCCGCCCAGGCGGCGGUCAAGUGGCUGGUGAUGCGUGUGAGGGAGGGGAAGGAGGAGCCAGGCAAGAGCAGGCUGCUGGCUGUGCUGCGUCAUGACGGAACCUCCCGUCUCUACAGCAACGGCAGUGAUGUCAGCGUGGACCGGCCCGCCCCCAGCUCCUAUAGGCUGAGGGUUCACAGGGCGCGGCAGGAGGACCAAGGACUGUAUCGAUGCCAAGUGGAAGUCUGGGGGAUGGACCAGCAUGGGGGCUGGUUCAACACAGGGGCACACAGCCACUCCAACACUGUCAGAGUCUACAUGUACUUGCUGGCUUCAGAUCUCCUGUUCAUCCCUGUAAUUGUGGGCGUGGCCACCGCUCUCUUUGUGGGCGUGGCCAUCGUUGCCUCGGUAACCUGCUGCUUCAUGAACCGAUUGGCUAGGAAGGGCUCCCGGAGAUAGCAGGCGAGCGAGGGUUAAUGAACUCUGACCUGGCCAGGAACUUUGACCUUCUGGUGUACCCCUGACCUCCAAGAGGGAAACUUAGCUGACCCUGUGAAACUUUGACCCCCUGUGAAAACGGGCCAGUUCAGCACGUUACCUAUAGAAUAUUGUAAAGAAAAUGUUGUUUAAAGUUAUAGUGUAGAUUUGUUUUUUGUGUACAUUUUGUAUAGAUGAUGAAGGAGUCGCCAACUAACUUUAUUUUGAAAUGCUGUUCAUUGGAGUCCGAGCUGGGAGAGAGGGAUUGACCAGUUGGGUGUUUCUAUGUUUAUUUCCAGGACGUGUCGAUCCAAUGAAACGUUUGUUUUUGCGUUGUUGUCGUUGCACUACACUUUUGGACGUAUAAUGCCACUAUUUUUGAACGCAUUUGU